UCCCCUACGAUUCCGAAGCCGAACAAAGACCUCCACCAACAGGCAUCAGCUCCUAAAUCCCUCCCUAUAUAACAAACCUUCGACUCUUGUCCCGGUAACCUGCCUCCCAAGUUCCCUUGUUUGCAUGCUGCUCCAACUUGCAAGCACAAGGACAAAGCUACCAUUAUAUGAUAGAUAGCUAGUCAGUCGGUUCCGAUCAUUGAAUUGUAAUCUCCAAAGUGAAUGAUGGAGAGUCUGCUGUGCAACGAGGUUUGGCUUAUGAUGAGUCCUGUCCUGGAUCAUGAUGAGGUACAUGCAAAUGAAGCACUUGAAUAUUACAAUGUAAACUGCGGCCAUCAUUCUACUAGUACUACAUCCUUGUACUCCAACUCCGAAGACUGUCAGCGGGCUUUCAUUAGUUUUCUUGAAAAGGAGGCUUUUUACAUGCCUGAACGAGGUUAUUUGAAGCUAGUCAAAGAAAACUGUUCGACAGACAGUGGUAGGUUUAAAGCGAUACACUGGUUUGUUGAAUCUCAAAGGCGGCUGAAUCUCUCCCUUGAAACUGUCUUCAGGGCCGCAAAUUACCUUGAUCGGUUCGGUUCUCUCAAAGAUUGCCAAGUUCGGAAUGAUUGGAUGUUUGAGCUAGUGUCUGUUGCAUGCCUAUCUAUUGCUUUCAAGUUCGAAACCAACGCCCCUAAUGUAUUGAAUGAAAUCCAGACGGAGGGUCUUGAGCAUUCCUUUGAAUCAAGCUUAAUCCAACGGAUGGAAUUGAUUCUUUUAAAAGCUUUAGAAUGGCGGCUUUGUCCAACCACGUCAUAUUCGUACCUAGAAUUGUUGACGCGGAGCAUUGAUCCCCUGAACAGACACUUCGUCCAGGAGCUGAUCACCGAGCUUUUGGUCAAGGCACUUUUAGAUUCUAGCUUCUUGGAGUUUCGGCCCUGUAUUAUUGCCGUGUCUGCCAUACAACGGAUUUCCAAAGAGUUUCUGUCAACAAUAAAUGACUCUCUGUGCUCCCAUUUCAGCGUCCUCAUCCCUCCAGAUCAAAAGGAUGAUUUAAUCAAGUGCUGUAAGAUGAUGAUGGAUUUAUGCCACACUAGUACUUCUGCUAAGAAGAUUAGCUGCAUUAAUUGUCCUUCCAGUCCCGUGACUGUCUUGGGCGCGCAUUCUUGCUGUGAUUUCUGUGACUGCCAAAUUGAUCAUUCCUUCUUGUUAACAAUUAAGAGCCCGGACAUAAAUUACUUCGGAGGAUCGACAAAAAAGAGGAAGAGAGAACAAGAAGAGGGCGGUGUCUGAAAUUGAUCAUUCCUUGACGUCUUUACUGUUGACGUAAUAAAAUCAUAAACGACCAAAUAAGUAGAAUUUGUUUGUGGUGUUAAGACGUUCAAAUGUUCUAUAAAACCAGUAAGAAAGCACUUGUUCAAAUUCAUCAUUCGGAGGGCAAAUCUUUUGCCAGAAUUCAUAA